ACUUUAAUUUUCGAACGGAAUUGUUUUAUAAAGAAAAACGUUCUUAACUUCAAACUGAAAAUAGAGUGUAAAAAUUAAAUAUAUUCUUUAUAUGUUAAAACUUUUAAAAACUUAUUUACAAGUUAAUAAAACUAUGACUCCUCGAAAUAUUUUAACACUUUCUAGCGAAGAAAAACGUAAAUUUUUGGAUUCAUUUGAUCAUGUAUUCUCCGAUAUUGAUGGUGUUGUUUGGAAUAUGUCACAUAUCAUUGAAGGUUCAGCCGACGGAUUUAAUGCACUACGACAAGCUGGCAAACACCUAACCUUCAUUACCAACAACAGUGUAAGACCCGAAGAGCAGUGUAUACAAAAAUUGAUUAAAAAAAAUAUUGAGAUAAAAGCGGAAAAUAUCAUGCAUCCUGCCAAAAGUAUAGUUGAGUAUUUAAAUAGCAUUAAGUUUAAGGGACUAAUUUAUAUUCUAGCAUCAGAGGAAUUUAAAAAUGUAUUAAAACGAGCUGGUUACGAUUUAUUGGAAGGGCCCAAUGUUAUUGUUAAGGAAUCGUUUACUGAAGCCAUUGGUCAUGUCGUAGAUAGUCAGCCAGUUAAAGCUGUGAUUAUAGAUUUCGAUUUUAAUUUAUCUUUUCUUAAAUUAAUGAAGGCCAAUAUGUAUUUACGUCAACCUGACUGCCUGUUAAUUGGAGGAGCCACUGAUUUUGUUUUACCUGUUACCAAAGACUUAUCUGUUAUGGGUCCUGGACCGUUUGUCAAGAUGUUGGAACAAACGAGCCGUAAGGAAAUGUUAACAUUUGGUAAACCUGGCAGAGCAUUGGCUGAGGUAUUAAUGCAACGUUCCCAUAUACCCACAUCAGAUCGAGUUCUCAUGAUUGGUGAUAUGCUGGAACAGGACAUACGUUUCGCCACAUCAUGUGGUUUUCAGUCGCUGUUAGUGCUCAGUGGUGGCACUUCCUAUGAGGAGUUAAUAUCUCAAAUAGAUGAGAAUGUUAUACCAAAUUAUUAUGCCCAAAGUGUUGCUGAUUUUGUGGAAUUUAUGAAAGAUGAUGACCAUUCCCCAGUCAAGAAUUUACGGCCGCAAGAUGAACCUUUGAGUUAAGUCUUAAGUCAUCUACACUUUUGCAUAUAUUGAAGUCUACAAAUACAACGUAAUUUGGUGUCUACCCAAUUGAAAUCAAUUACCAAACUCGCAGAGCUUUUUCUAGGCAAGAAUUUUCAUCAACUAUAAGCCACCUUAAAUCUGAGAAUUAAGUUAAAAACACCUAUAUAUUUAAUGAUAUUCGCUUUAGAGAGUAAAAUGAUAUUAUCUAAACAUUCAUUAUAUUCAAACAAAAACACUUUCAUUUCUUAUAAUUUUUUAUAUGAUAACAAUU